GAUGGUUUGGCUGUCAUGACUGCUCUCAUUUGGCUGCUCACAUGGCUGCCUCAGGUCCUGUCAGUUAUGAGUGAACUCCUGCCGCCGGUGAACGUCACUCUGACCUCCAAACAGUUCACUCACCUGCUGAGAUGGUCGCCUGCACCGGGUACACCUGCAGGAGUCUACUACCAUGUGGCCGUCACCCCGAACACGGGGUCACGCUGGCAGCCGGUGACUGGCUGCAAGCGAGUCCAGCACCCACUGGUCUGCAACCUGACGGAGGCGUUCUCCGACCCCAAGCUGACCUAUUUUACCGAGAUUACAACAAGACUGGACACACAGCCGCCCUCGCCACCGUUUUACUACAAAGGAUUUUACCCCAUCAAGGACACUGAACUGGACCCGCCGCUGCUCAACGUGACGCCCUGCGGUAAAGUUCUGUGUGUGGACCUCCAGCCUCAAACGGAGCACCUGAGAGACAUCUACAACUCCUUCAGUUACAGACUCAGAAUCAACACAGACAGAAACCAGUCCUUCAGAAACACCAAGUCUCUGGAUCAGGUGAUCCUGAAGGACCUGGCUCCGGGCCGUCAGUACUGCGUCUCCAUCUGCUUCUCCGACCCCGUGAUCCCCAGAAAGUGUGACUACAGCCAGCCUCAGUGUGCUUUCACCCCCGCCACCUUCGCUACAGACGCUCUGAUCGGUGCUCUGAGCAGUGCUCUGGUGUGUCUGCUGGCGAUGUCCGUCGUGGUCAUGGUGGUGCUGCGGGUCCGAGCUGGUUUCAUGUGUCUGAAAUGGAAACCGAUGCCACAAGUUCUGACGUCCAUCCAGCACAGGCAGGAGGACCUGGCCCUGCCUUCAUCAUCCUCCCUCCUUAAUGUUACGGUAACACUGCCCUCUGCAGGCAGAAAGAGGAACAGUCAGACAUCAGAGGACAGCGAUGGAGAGAGUGACACAGAGAGCACAGCUGUGAGCACGGGAGGAGGUUAUAAACUGCGGGUGGGCUACAAACCCCUCUCUGCCUCCUCUACAUCUUCAUCAUCUUCAUCAGCUCCUUUAUCUCCUGACCCUGUAGUGCCACACAGCUACUCCUUAAAGCCCGACAGCGUGUUUCUUCCACCGGGCUUCUUCAGUCCUCAACCUGAAGCCUCCACAUCGGGAUCCAGACUGGACCAAACCGGGACCGCAAACACGACCUCGCCACCUGCGUCAGCCCUCAAUCCUGCAGGUCCAGACAGUCCCGCUGAGCAGGGGCGGCCGGUGGGAGACGGAGACUGCCAGGUGGUAAAUCUCUUCUCCUUAACUUUCGGCAGACUAGAGGAGGAGGAGGAGGAGAAAUCCCAUCCUGACAUUUCGGAGGUGGAGCCAGAGUCUCCCUCCACCAUCCUAAUCCUGCCCUCACACUCUGUGGACACUGAGGAAGUUGCCAUAGAAACAGUUUCCUGCUUGUUUGUCGAGGAGGAAGAAGACGAAGACGAACUGUCUCCUUACAUGAGGCGUCCGGACAAAGUGGUCUCACAGAACUUGAUAUAGAAGUCUUUACAGAUGGACGCUGCUCACUUUUUGUGUCUUUUUAUACUUUUUUUGUUGUUGUUGUUGAAACAGAGAAGCUGUGAAGCUGUUGUCAUAGUAGCAGCAGCCGUCAUUUCCACCCAAAACCACAAG